AUGGCGGAGAGCUCGGACAAAGUCCCCAUCGCCCUGGUAGGGCCUGACGACGUGGAGUUCUGCAGCCCCCCGGCGUACGCCGCGGUGACCGUGAAGCCCGCCGGCCCCGCGCGGCUGCUCAAGGUCGGAGCUGUGGUCCUCAUCUCGGGGGCGGUGCUGCUGCUCUUCGGGGCCAUCGGGGCCUUUUACUUCUGGAAGGGGAGUGACAACCACAUUUACAAUGUGCAUUACACCAUGAGCAUCAAUGGGAAAUUACAAGAUGGGUCAAUGGAAAUAGAUCCUGGGAACAACUUGGAGACCUUUAAGAUGGGAAGUGGAGCUGAAGAGGCCAUUGAAGUCAAUGAUUUCCAGAAUGGCAUCACCGGAAUCCGCUUCGCGGGCGGAGAGAAGUGCUACAUCAAAGCGCAGGUGAAGGCGCGCGUCCCCGAGGUGGGCGCCGCGGCCAAGCAGAGCAUCGCCUCGGAACUGGAAGGCAAGAUCAUGCCAGUUAAGUAUGAAGAAAGUUCUCUCGUCUGGGUGGCUGUGGGCCAGCCCGUGAAGGACAGCAGCUUCCUGAGUGCCAAAGUCAUAGAACUCUGCGGAGAACUCCCUAUUUUCUGGCUUAAACCAACUUACCCAAAAGAAACUCAGAGGGAAAGAAGAGAAUUGGUAACACAAACUGUUACAAUCACCACCAGAAGACCACGCAGUGGACCACGGGGCAACCCAGGCCCUGGAAGACUGAGUAACAAAACCAGACCCAGCGUGCAGGACGACUCAGAGCCCUUCAACCCCGACAACCCCUACCACCAGCAGGAAGGGGAAGGCGUCAUGACGUUCGACCCUAGACUGGACCACGAAGGAAUCUGCUGCAUAGAAUGCAGGCGGAGCUACACCCAUUGCCAGAAGAUCUGUGAGCCCCUGGGAGGCUUCCAGCCAUGGCCCUACAAUUACCAGGGCUGCCGGUCAGCCUGCAGAGUCAUCAUGCCAUGUAGCUGGUGGGUGGCCCGCAUCUUGGGCAUGGUGUGA